AUGACGCCAUCAUGCAAAUCUCCUAUUCAAGAAAAUAUAUUAGGCAUUGGCCUGAAAAGUGUACAUGUAUUUAUGAAAUUGCUUCUGUAUUAUAGUAUGAUUUUAUUAGAAAAAAAGAAAUGCUAAAUAGCUUAGUUACUAGAAUAUUACAAUGUAUAAGAGCUGUUUCUGAAUUAAGUAUUGGUUAGUCCAAAAGUGGCAAGAAAAUUGGCCUGUUCCAGAUGUGUGGUGAGCUGGGACCGGCGCAGCACGCAGAACGGCACGUGAAUGAAAAGUAAAGACGUUCGGCGUGUUUUCCCAACUAAUCUGACGCCUAGGAGAGCCAACAGUAAAAUAUUCAGUUUGAACGAAGUUCAAGAAUAGUUCAGUUUCGCAGAAUUAAGCAAUUGUGACAGUUUAUUACUGGUGAUUGAGGCUUAAUGUUAUGUUCGUUUUCUUUUUCUUCAAUUUGGUUAAAAAUUAUUACUACACUGUUAUAAAUACAGGAAUGUCUGAUUUGUCUUCUCUACUGGCUCAAGAGUUAGUGGUUGAUAAUUAAAAUAUACCGGUAACAGAAACAAAACUAGAGUUCAAAUUAAGACUGUACUCUAGCGAACGCAGCGAACGUUAGUUACCAAGUUCUGGCUUGGAAAUUUAGCUUUUGGUACCUUCAGCUUCUAUGGUGUAUCUGGAAAAAUUCCAUUGGGCACUAAUAGCUUUCGACCAGCGACUCUCUCGUCUGUCCAGAAUAGAAAAUAGGAAUAAAUUAAAAUUAAAGUUAUAUGCUGAUAGCGUACAUUAAUCAUUGAGAGAACAAGGUAUUAAAAUUGACGAUACUACCAUCAGUGAUUUUCUUGUUUUAUUCAUAAACGAGCUGAAUGUGUUAGGAACCAGUCAGGGUUUGCACGCACUUUGAAAAUCCUUGAAUUGAAAAUCAAAAUGCAAGGACUUGAAAGUUCGUGAAAAGUACUUUGGGUCCUUGAAAAACUUUGAACAGACUGUUUGGCCAAUAAGGCAAACCACGUGCCCGUAUUCAGUUCAUGCAAAAAGGAAGCGAUCUUAGUUCCUCGCUUACGUCCGUAAUGGAAGAACUAAAACAAGUAUCCCUGAAACCCGAGCGUCUAGUUUCACAUUCUAAUGGUAUUGUUUUCGUGGAUGGGGUUCUUGAAAAAUUGGAAUUGUGUUCUAUAAUGUCGUUAAAAAGUCCUUGAAUUUUUAGUCCAAAAAACGAACUCUUGAUGAAAGAUGUUCGCGAGUUACAAUGUACAUGUACUUGUUCCUUGUUCUUCUAAGAGACAGGGUGAGUGGCACGGUGUAGAUCUAGACGAUUCGACUAAUUUCUGAAACAAAAGAAGAAUACUGAGUAAUAUCCAAUACCUUCUUUAAUCAUGGCUAAGGGUUCUCAAGAGCCUAACGGCUCACAAUUGAGAGAGCUUAACUCGGUCUCCUCGUGAAACGACUAGGAGGAAUUAGUCGAUCGCAAAUUACUUCACCACGAGUCCCUGCCCCACACCACACCUCCCUCAGCAGUUUGUCACGUUUAGCAAACAGUUUUCCAUGCGUAAAGAGGACUGUGAGAGUAAAAUUUCUAGCGCUUGAAAUCGGAGUGCAGUGCGUUAAUCAGUAAAGCAAAGUAUUGUUUUUGAGUGACAAACAGAAUUGGACGUCGAUCUUCGUGAAGAGUGUGGAUAACACAGCAUCUCGGCAUUCUUCGUCACGGAUCACGUGACAGGUAAAUGUGAUCAUCUCUAGACUGAAAGAUUUGCUGUAAUAAUAAAUUCCCACAACUGACUGAAAAAAAGGGACCUAAGGCCACCGAAAUGGUAAUAAAUCAUCACUAUAGCCUUAAGUUUGCUUUUUGUUGUUCUCUUUGACGUGAGCGCCUCCCUUAUAUAUAAUGUUUUCAUUUUUUUUGUUUUUGUUUUUUCCAUCGGACUAUAAUGACGUUAAUUGAACUUUAUGUAGCCGAUGAAUUUCAGUUGCUCACUGCUGAAGAUUUUGUCAAAAGACUUGUUUACUGGGCUCAAUGGAAAAAUCUGUUCCAUAUUUCAUUUCUCACGUUAUUUCUCAUUUUUCUGGUUCCAGGAAUCUUAGUUUUAUUUCUCUUCCCUCAAGGUCUCUAAGGCUAUUCUAUGAACUCACAAGUAUGUGUCCGGUACUUGUGAAAAAUUUGAAUAUGUAAAUUUUGUGUGUAUGUGUUCGUCUGUGUUUUACCUUUGUAAUUAUCACAUGAUCCCAAAUGUGUGCAAUUACGAAUAACUUCUGCAGUUGAAUACAACUUUCGCUUGUCAACAGCCUUAAAACGAAACAAGAAAUGUAGAGCGCAUCAAAAUCAUGGAAACAGUCGAUUUGUUUGCUGUUGAAAUAUAUGGAGAUGGAAGUUUCUCUCCUGGCGAAAUUAUCUACGGCGACGUUUAUCUGAAGACAAACGAAGAGUUAACACUCAGAGAAAUUCGCAUUGAGUUCUAUGGGGAAGCAAAGGUUUUCUGGACAGAGGCCCCAAGAAAGAAGAGGCUUGGAAUGCGAAACUAUACCAACUAUGAACAGUAUUUAAAUAUUGCAGCAACAGUUUACGGCAAGGCUCCUGGUCAAAUCGGCGCCAACCCUGUCCUCUCCCCUGGAGAACAUUCUUUUCCAUUCGAAUUUCGACUCCCAGAGGAAAACCUGCCAAGCACGUUUGAAGGAAAACACGGCUAUGUCAAAUACUGGCUGAAGGCCAUCCUUGAUCGACCGUGGAAAGAUGACAUGGCGAUCGUAGAACCAUUCACGGUGACAGAGAGAGUGGACGUCAAUCAGCCGGAAUUUCUGCGCCCUUCUCAAAUCCAAGAGGAUCGGAACAUGGGCUGCCUGUGCUGUGUAUCUGGUCCACUCAGUGUCACAGUCCGGACAGACAGAGGUGCGUACUGCUCAGGAGAGCUGAUGACAGUCACAGUGUAUGCGAACAACCAAACGUCACACAGAAUUCUUGGCGUGGAAUUAGAGCUCAUUCAAGACACUAUAUUUAUCGCCUCUGGAGGUAAAAGAACUUUCACGACAGAAAUUCUUGCAACUGUCACAAAAGCGGGCAAGAUUCCGAACGCAGAGGGUAACGACUUCUUCGAAAUGGUUCCUGUGUUGAUCCCAUCCUUAACACCAACAAUGAAGAGCAGUAGGUGUAUAAAGAUUUCAUAUCAAAUCAAGUUUGCCCUCCUAUUGAGAGGAUCUGUGAACUUCCGCUUACACCUGCCAAUCACAAUAGGCUCGUUGCCUGGCCAACUGUCUCAGUCACGCCGUUCGUCUGCAAAGAGUUCAGGAUCCACAGCAUCGCCAAGCGUAUCCUUCAUUGGCUUUCCUUCAACAUCUCUGGAUUACACGGACGGUAUGGCAUCAUAUCCUAAUGAAGCUCCACCUUCGUAUGCCGAGAGCGUCAGAGGCCAAACACGAAGAUACGAUACGGUGUACUUCAACAAAGGACUGAAUAUGCCGCAGUUAAGAGACAAUGUUAAAAAAUCAUCUUAACUUCCCGGUUCUGCUUUGAAAGCUUUCAAUUAACAAAAGGCUUCAAAAGAUGGCACAAGUUAGCAUCAUAGUUUCCAUACGGGUAUGAGUACAAAAUUUAACAUGCCUCGAUACCUGACGGAAUGUAGCCGGUUUGAAAUCAAGCGAAUUUGUAUGUGCUUACAUGCUGGCUGGUAUUGUCUAACUCAAAUUAGCCGUGGUUACACCACCUUAGAAAAAGAUGAUUUCCGUAGGAGGAAAUUGUUGGCCUGAGCGUGGCCGAGUGGUCAGCGCGUCGCGUUUGCAAUCCAGCGGUCCUGGGUUCGAGUUCCGCUCUGACCCGGCUACAGGGACCCGACUACCUGGAUGACAGUGGCCCCGAAUUCAGAUCCUCGGCAACAUGUGUAAAUCAGUAGUCAACAGGUUUGCCUCCGGCCAGUUGGGAUUCGGAUGGGAUUCUUGACAAUGUAAUAUUCUAUUUGAAUUAUUUGCUUCAGUUGUUUGCUCGGCCCCUCUAGCUUUUUUGUUGUAAGCACUGCCGAGGGUAAAUAAAGGUUAUUUAUUAUUUAAUAUUUUGUUUAGUAAAAUCUUCCCUUGGUAAAAUUAGCGAGCGUUUCAAGUUACUUAGUUAGUAAGGUUACACGUAUGCAAGUUAUUCAAGUACGGUCCAAGAUUCAUUCUCUGUGGGUUUAUCCGAACUAACUGAGUUUCAAAUUAGACGAGAUUACACGAAGCAUCAAAUGGAAAAAAAAUAUAUAAGAUAAAUAAUUAAUCCAAGUUAAUAUGUAAUUAUUCUGUAUGUCUAAUGAUUUUGUAACUCUAAAAGUUUAACUUAGUUUUCUUUUUUCUUUUUCAUUUAUUCUCAUUUAUUCUAUAACAAGAAUUUUAAUGUAAUGUUGAUAGAGCUUAAUUAUAUUGUCAUACCGAUUUAGUCAUCCGGCCACUACAUCCCGAUUAGCUAAUGCUGUUUGCGGGAAGUGGAUGCUUUUGUAAGCGUCUUGAAAAACGUGAAUAAAUGAAUGCAUAAAUGAA